CAAACAUUCACAAAUCAGUAUGGAAACAAGUAAGGAAAUUCUUCAAACAAUAGUCUGGAAACACAACAAUCAUCCAGUUCAACCGCGUGCAAUAGAAAUACAUCAUGCUUAUUUUUUAUAAUUGGUUACUUCUAACAAUAAACCAACAGCAAAAAAUGUGUUGUUAUUUAUUUGUUGUUGUAUAUGCCCUUUGCAUUUGAAUGUUUUGCAAAAUACGUUUCACAUGUGUCGAGGAAUGAAGGAAAUUUAGACACAUUUUUCAGUAUUCUUUGUUAGGCCUCUUGAUGCAAGAUUGUAUAAAAAUGGCAAAUUGUAUGUUCUUACGAAGUUGUGCUAUGUGUUUGAAAACAAGAUGUAAGGGUAGGAAUGGUUAGGUAAAUAAUAGUUUAUUGUUUUUUUUUAUUAGGAUAAUAAUACGUUUGCCAUAUGUUGAUCAGGUCGGUAAAAAGUGUCGGGGUCACACUUGCUGAUUUAUCCUUUACCGUCUCUAAUAAAAAAUAAGUACGUCAAUUAUCCACUAAAACAUUACUCUCUGUUGUCUAAAGUUUUGAUGUCCAAAAUAAAAAAAUCUACAAAACAAAGGUAGAAGUUGAAGGUACUUGCAUGGGCUGAAUGUCAUAUUUUACCCUGAAUAAAUCAAAUAGUAUCAAAUGCAUAUUUCAGGCAUACGAUUAAUGCUUUUAUUUCGAUUACACAGGAACUUAUUUUCGAGGUUAAAUCCAAUCAAUUCUCUUUUGUUACGCCGUAAUGCGUUAGUCAUCAAAAUUUAGAUAGAAAUAAACAGGAAUUAAGCUUUCUUUGCACAUUUUAUUGUAUGUAUCUGUUGAUAGGCAAUGAACAAUGCAGUGUGUAGUGUAUAGAUUGUUGGCGACCUACAUGGUAAAGCACAGUGGUUUUUACAGGUUUUUUUAAAAUUUAUUUGUUGGGUAGGUCAACUAUUAACUUGUUACUAUGAAUAUGGAUUCGUUGCUACUGUGAACGUGGAAUCGUACUUGUCGAUAUAUGUAGAUGGUCCGAUAUAUAUACUUAAUCUUAACUUCCGAUGGGGUUUCUAUUGCUAGAGCGGCUACUGUCAGCCGAAGCGACUAGUAAAAACAAAAAACAAAUCACCGAGUGAUUUGUCUGUUUCCACACACAUUUUAAACAAAAUGUCGUUUUAUUUCACUCAAAAUGUUGACAGAAGUCGUUUACAAAAUAUAUAAGCUUCUCCUAUUAUAGUGACAUUAUUAGGAGAAGCAAAGUAUCGAAAACCAGCUUGAUAUAUUCUAGUUUAAAAAUUGCUACUUAACAAAAGAUGCUAAUUCUCUCGACUGAAACACACCGCCCUGAUUUCUAAAAUAUUACUCACAGAUUAGUUUGUUGGUCAUAUAAAUCGUACAGUUACAAAUUACAGCCACAGUAUUUAUUAAAAUUUCAACUAAGAGAUUCAAUAGGCGUUUUACACGUCCAGUAAAUUGUGACCUAUGGCGAAAACUAUUGUUUAGAACGUCACUAAUAUGUGCUUAGGUAUGAAUUGGCGAUUGAAGAUGAUGAAGAUUGUUCCAGAUGCAUCGAAUCAUCCCAAAGGUGUAUAAAAAUUAACUGAAACUUUCCUUAUUUGAUAUUCGAAUCUUCCGCACCGAUAAUGGCACAGCAUCGAUGGUAAUCAGUAGCUCAGUUUCAUGUAUAAAUCAUCACAGAAUUCGGAAUCAAAUGUUAAACAGUACGGUAUUCAAAGUCAGUUACAUAAAGAGACAAGAUCAACAUUAAGUAACCACAAACGGUUUAUUGAAUCAUGUCAAUCUACGUAUAAAUGUCCUCUAAGCUAUGUGUAUAAUUAAGUGUUCGACUGUGUGUCGGCAUGGUUAACAGUUUAUCCAGGCGAAAAAAUGAUGCGUGAAGCCUGCUUUGGAAAAAACAGAGCUAUAAAGACUUGUUGCAGACGAGACAUUUACAUACAAAUAGAAAACAUCCUGAGCCUUGCAAAAUUUAUUAUAUUUAAAAUAUUAGAAGAAGUAUGAACUUAUAUACAGAGUUAUUUAUAAAUUAAUCUUUCACCAGAGUCUAUUAACUGCAGCUUGUUUUGUAAGACUCUUCUGCUAAGCAAAGAAUCGCUGAAGGAUUUUAUCACGACUAACCACGUCGAGCAAUCAUAAAAGUUGUUUUAUUGUCGCCUAAUUGUACUAGUUAAUAAACACAGGUCAUUAGGAAGCUACAUACAUUUUUGCAACUAGCAAAACUACAAUAAAAUUUUCUCUUAUCUUGCCCAAGAGUAUGAAUUAUAGGUAGAAUUUAAAAUUCUGAAAUCGCGGAGUUUCUGUGGGGUCACAUUGUCAUUUGAGUACGAUUAAAUUGAUUUCAAAGUUU